AUGCGGACUAACCUGGCAUACCGACGGGAACAGCUUCCUGCAAGACAGCGAGAGAAAAGCCGGGGCAGCGGUGGUGGACGGCCGAACAAGGUCAAUAGUCUGGGUUUCUGCCCCCCUGGAACCUCCGCUCAGUGGGCAGAGCUGAUCGCUCUGACCCAAGCACUCCGCGCAGCCAAGGAAAAUCGGACUCGCUUCUGUGCCUUGCAGCUGAUUCACAAGCACAUAGGAAAGCAGCUGGUGGCCGCCACAUAUCGGUCCAGGGGUUUCGUGCUCCCACACUCGUUCCAGGCUGGGGACACCGUCUACGUUCGCAGGCACCAAACCACGACUCUUGAGCCGCGCUGGACCACCCCAGCAGCGGUAAAAGUCGACGGAUUCGCCGCCUGGGUUCAUGCGUUCUAUGUAAAGCGAGCCCUACUGAAGGAGGACAAAACUCAGAACGAUUGCCCCGCUGACCGAACAUCUAUAGGCCCCAACCUAGUGUUGGCGGGGUUGGCGAAUCAGAGGCCGAGGCCUGUGUUGGCAAAUCAAAGGCCUGUGUCUAGGGUUACAACCCCAAGAUCCCAGGGCCAACCCUCGACCUCUCCACCUUCCCUGACGACAGGGGCAGCUGUGAGUCCUAACUCGUCUCCUGCUGUACGGCUGGGCACAGGGGACCGCCUCUUAGGCCUAAUACAUGGGGCCUUCCAAGCACUAAAUGACUCUGACCCCGAUAGGACCCGGAAUUGCUGGCUGUGCCUUGCCUCACCUCCCCCUUAUUAUGAGGGAGUAGCUGUCGUUGGGAAUUGGACCAACCAUACUAUUGUCCCUCCCCAGUGCUCCAAUCUGCCAUCCCACCGACUAACUCUUACAAAAGUAUCAGGACAGGGACUUUGCGUAGGCUCCAUUCCCCCUCAAUAUCAGGGCCUCUGUAAUAAAACUAUAACUCUCAAACCAGGCACCUAUUAUUUAACAGGACCAAAUGGGACAUUUUGGGCAUGCAAUACAGGCCUAACCACCUGCUUGACAGAACAAGCUCAUAAUUGAACUCAUGAAUGGUGCGUCAUGGUUGAGGUAUGGCCUCGGGUCACACUACAUAACCCUGAGGAAGUCUACCAACAAUAUGAGGGAAAUCUCCGGCUCCCAAGGGAAUCCCUAACCAUAACGCUAGCCCUCAUAUUGGAAAAACUUACAGUUGGGGGCAUCGGAGCAGGCAUAGGUACCGGAGCCACUGCUCUGUCAAAGACAAAUCAGUUUUACCUGUUACAGCAAGCUAUGCAUUCAGAUUUACAAGCUUUAAAAAAAUCUGUCAGUGCCUUGGAAAAGUCCUUAACUUCACUUUCCGAGGUGGUAUUACAAAAUAAAAGGGGGCUGAACCUGGUAUUUUUAAAGAAAGGGGGACUCUGUGCAGCCCUAAAGGAAAAGUGUUGUUUCUAUGCGGAUCACACUGGAGUGGUCAAAAAUAGCAUGGCAAAAUUAAGGGAAAGACUAAAACAACGACAGAGCCAUUUUGAGGCAGGACAGUCAUGGUUUCAGAGCUGGUUUAACUCAUCCCCUUGGUUAACAUCCUUAAUCUCCGCCAUCACAGGACCCUUAAUAAUAUUACUUUUAAUUUUAACCUUUGGACCCUGCAUAAUAAAUAGGCUUCUUCAGUUUAUUAAAAGUAAAUUGUCUAUCACCCACGCCUUGGUCCUGACCCAGCAGUACCAAAGUUUAAGCGGGCUCCCGUCAGUUGACAUCUUUGUGUGGGAAGACCCAGCGCAAAAUUCGCUGGUUGCCCCUGCCUCGGCCCUUUACCCAUUAAAGGAGUUAGACUCCCUCAAGGCAAAGAAACCCUCGGUCCUCCCGGGCGGGCAGGAGGAUCUUUUGCUUUUUGACACCCCACCGCGUUACGCACCCCUCCCGAGAGAGCCUACGGCACCUUCCCCGGAUUCUACGCAGGGAGAAGGGGAGGAGGACCCUCCGGCUCGUUCAACCCCCAUGAGUGCCAGACUGCGCUUGCGUCGGGGAGGGGGGAACCGGAUUGGGAUUUUAGUACGGCAGUCGGUAGGGAACGACUUCGUCUCUAUCGCCAGAUUCUCCUGA